AUAGAUGACAAUCAUAUAAUCUGUGCCAUGAAAAAAAAAUACAGAAAAUAACAAGGUGUUUUGUUUUGCAACCUAUAUUUUGACUGAAUUUUGUAAUUUUCUCUCAAGUUUUAUUUUGAAACUACUAUUAAAUACGAUAUUACAUUAUCAUACGUUACAUUUUCAUUAAAUUCAUUAUCUUCAUUUUGAAGUAGACAGAAGUAAAAGUUCUAUGUUAUAAAACUUACAUCGUAGCAAUGGUUUGUGAAAAAUGCGAGAAAAAACUGGGCCGAGUAAUCACACCAGACCCUUGGAAAGCCGGCGCGAGGAAUACAGUUGAAUCUGGCGGGCGCAAAGUUGGCGAAAAUAAAGCGCUGACAGCAAAAAAAGGUCGAUUUAACCCAUACACAUCCAAAUUUCAAGAGUGUAGAAUAUGCAGAACCAAAGUACACCAAGUGGGCUCUCACUACUGCCAGGCGUGUGCUUACAAGAAGGGAAUCUGUGCAAUGUGCGGAAAAAAAAUAUUAGAUACUAAGAAUUACAGGCAAAGCUCUACUUAGAGUAAUUAUUUAAAUAAUAUUAAUAUUCUGUGGGCUAGGCAUGAGUUGUUAAAACUUAAUUUAUACUGUUGAGAAUAAUGCAAAGGAAAUGGACAUAGGUUUACAUUUUAGUUUUUAUAUGUUACCAAAAUAGAGGUCAUUGAUUAACUUUGUAUUGUAAAGUUAGUGUCCUCAAAUGUAAAACAAUUAACUUAUUUUGGCAUAUCAUGCACAAUGGCCAACUUGCUGCAGGCUAAGAGAGGAAAAAGCAGCUCCUCAACAUAGAACAUAGUUAUGUAUGGUGUUACUAGUUAACACAAUGGUAUCACUCACAUAUUCUUAGUCAGAAUCGCUGACAAGUUUCUAACUUAAGUCAUCUUCAUGGGCGAGUGCUGAAGGAUGUAGAGUAGCCGAGGCCUUUCAAUCACAAGAUUAUGUGAGUGAAACUGUUGUGUUAUCUAGUAUUAUUUUUUAUUACUUUGAAUGACGAGAUGAGCUUACCGUGCGCCUGAUGGCAAGCAAUAUGACUGUCCAUAAACAGUAGAAACACCAUCCUAUGAUAAUUUAAUAUGUCUUGUGUAACUUUUAAUAUUAUUACUUAUAUUUGUUGUGAUUUCGAGGUUAAUAAUUUUAGUAAACUUAAGUAGAAAUGUUUGAUUAUUGUUAGAAUUAAUGCAAUAACUGUCUUAUAGAAUUGUAUCAAAUGAAUAGAAAAAAGUGUGUUCAUAACACUUGAUAAUUACUUAUUACACUGUCUUUUAUAUCCAUUUGAUUUACAGUCCUUUCACACUCCUUAGUAGCAAAGAAACAAUGUUAUGGUCAGAGGAGCCUUAUUUAAUCUAUGGAGGCUAACAAUCUUCUUACAAUUAUGGACAUUUUAAGUCAGCUUUGAUAGCUGUAUAGGUAAAUAAGGGAUUUUUUUACUCUUUUACUUAUAAUAUAUUAAAGCUACCCUUCAAGUAAAGUGCUCAUAGUUGUAAAAAGCUAGAUAAGCCCCCAUAGACGUAAUGGGCACUCUGAGUCUAUAAUAUCUGACCGACUUGCUAACAAGAGAUUUACUAAAGCCAUUAUCAAUUUAUAGUACCUAUAGUGACGUUUUUAUAUUCUUUUCCAUUAAUUUUUCAAUUAAAACCACCACACACGCCUGAUAACAACAUUUGUUGUACAACAAUAUUGUUUACGUCAAAACAUAGAAAAAUUAUUUUGAACAUGUGAAAUGUCAGUGAUAUUAGUUCUAUAUAGUUUCAUGUCAUUUACUGUACUUACAGCUUCGUAUAACAUUUAUUCACGUAAAAAAGAUGGCGGAAAUCCAUACUCAUCUCUACUGUAUGAUAUAGUGAAAAAGAAUGAGAAUAGAGUGAAUGAUUUGAAGAAGACCAUGCAGUUGCAAGAUUACAUCGUCAGUAGAGGCCAUUCGCUCCCCGGCGAUGACUAUGAAAGGGAUGAUUAUGACGACGAGCCUUAUAUUUCUGGACAUAAAUACGGCAUACGAAGAUUCGACGGCCUUACCGACGAAAGUAAACUAGAAGAUUCGAGAAGGAAUUGGAUGGGACCCUGUGUCAAAAAAGCUGCUAGAAUUUGCAGGACAGCAUGCAUUAACGCAGCAAAAGAUGUUUGUACAACUUAUUCUUGCAGUAGUAGAGUGAAGAGAAGAUUUAGGAAGGAAUGUCGACGAAACUGCAACUCGGAGUUCGAAGUUAACAAGUAUUAUAGUGAUUAUGAUUCUGAUUAAAUAUUUAUUUCGAUUUUUUGUUUCAA